CCACUGAGCAACAUUUCACAACACCUUCACCGACUGGCAUCUCCUCCCCCCAGCCAUUGAGUGACCAGCUUACGAGAGUAUGCGACACUCAAGAUGAAGUCAACCCUUCUCACGUCCAGGGUCAGCCCCAGGACACUCAAUUCCCUCAUACUCGCCCGAUCCAGACAGCAGUUCCAGACAGCCAGAGCCAGCAAACGCCAUGUCUCGACCACCACGGCAGCAGCACCUGUGUCGCGGCUCAAGACCAUCCUGAUCACCGCGACCAUCGGCGCCGGAGGCUACAUCGCAUACAUCUACGGCACCGACACCCGGGCCUCCCUGCACCAAUGGCUGGUGCCGCCGCUCCUGCGCACCGUCUUCCCCGACGCCGAGGAGGCACACAACGUCGCCCUGUCGGCCAUGAAGACGCUCUACUCCCUGGGCCUGCACCCGCGCGAGCGCCCCUCAACAUCCAAAGCCCUCGACGCCAACCUCGGCCUCUCCGUCUUCGGUCACCCGCUGUCGAACCCCAUCGGCAUCUCGGCCGGCCUCGACAAGCACGCCGAGGUCCCGGACGCCCUAUUCGCCCUUGGCGCCGCCGUCGUCGAGGUGGGCGGCUGCACGCCUCUCGCCCAGCCCGGCAACGCGAAGCCCCGCAUGUUCCGCAUCCCCGGUCUCUACGGCCUCAUCAACAGGUACGGCCUCAACUCGCACGGCGCCGACCACAUGGCCAUGACGCUGCGCAAUCGCGUGCGCCUGUAUGCCAAGUCCGUCGGCCUGACCGAGGACGAGGUCCUGAACGGCGGGGCCAAUGUGCCCCCCGGCAGCCUCAACCAGGGCAAGCUGCUGGCGGUCCAGAUCGCCAAGAACAAGGACACCCCCGAGGGCGAUGUGGCGGCGGUCGCGAGAGACUACACCUACUGCGUCAGCAGACUGGCGCCGUAUGCGGAUAUCCUGGUCGUCAAUGUGUCGAGCCCCAACACACCAGGUCUCAGAGACCUGCAGGCUGUCGAGCCGCUGACCAGGAUCUUGAGCGCCGUGGUGGACGAGGCCAGGAGGACGGAGAGGAAGGUCGUCCCCAAGGUCAUGGUCAAGGUCUCGCCGGACGAGGACGAGGAUACACAGAUGGAGGGCAUUGCACAGGCCGUCUGGCAGAGCGGCGUCGACGGUGUCAUCGUAGGCAACACCACGAAGCGCCGCCACGGAGUCGUGCCGGAAAGCAUUGUCAUCACACCGCAGGAGGCCAAUGUUCUGUCUGAGCAAGGCGGCUACUCGGGACCCAUGAUGUUUGAGCGCACGCUAGAUCUAGUCAAGCGAUACCGCAAGCUGCUCGACAACCGCAGCUUCUCGACUGCGGCACCGCUGGAGGGCAGCAAGAAGGCAGCCCGCGAGGAUGCCGUGAGCGCGAGUCUCGCUGGGCUCGAGGGCACUGCCACGGGCGCGGUUGAGGACGACAGUGCCGUGGUGAGCAAGUCCCAGAACCAAGCCGCCCGAGGCAGCGAGCAAAAGGUCAUCUUCGCGACCGGCGGUAUCACCAACGGCCGCCAGGCAUUAGACAUCCUGAACGCGGGCGCCAGUGUGGCCAUGGUGUACACCCAUCUGGUCUACGGUGGCGCGGGCACGAUUACUAGACUCAAGGGGGAGAUCAAGGACAGCAUGAAGUCAUAAGAGGACACUCGAACCUGUGCAAAGAGAUUCAGGAGAGAAGCAACGAGGGAGCAUAGAGAACAUGCCUGUACAACAUAAACCGCUGGUGCCCGUUUCGUCUCCAAGGUAGAAUAGAUAAAAAUGGACGGGAUAGCCAGGUAAUUACGUCUUGGACUGGUCAGGAACAUGAUAUCAAACUGAAACUGGGCUUGGAUU